AUGGAGGACGAAGUGGAUGUUGACAUCGAAGGAGACGAGUUUGAUGCUGAUAAUGGUGAGCAAGAUACUGGAGGUUUAUUAAAUGAGCAUUCUGCAUGGAGGAGCAACGCAGGGAUUCUGCCAUGGGAGUUGGACACCUCCAUCAGCAAAGAAAACCGAGAGGCCAUCCACAGAAUGCUAUUGGAGGAGCAAUACUACUUGAAAGGCCACGCUAUUCCCAACCAUAUUUGGUCAAGCGAUGCUAACAACAAGCCUAAAGUGAAGAAGUCUCCAGCUAAGAACUUGUCGUCCUCCUCCUCUUCGUCCCGGUGGUCCAAACAAGAGAAAGAGUUGUUCGAAGAUGGGCUGGCUCAGUUUGGCCGACGGUGGACCAAGAUCGCAAAGUUGGUGGGCAGCCGCAGCGUCCUUCAGGUCAAGAAUUAUGCCAGACAGUACUUGAAACACAAAAUCAAACUUGAUCCGGUUGUGGCAGCUCCCUCUACGGGCACCACUUCUGCUUCACCCCCUGCUCAGCCAAGCUUUACCAACACAGUGCGCAUGGAGAGACCAGAUGAAGACGAGGAUGAAGACGUGGACAUCACAGACGACACCUGCGGCGAGCGUGAAUCCAGCCCUCCCCCUGCGUCAUCGCCUGACCUUUUGGAGGAGCCAGUGGAGGAACAAAGCCCCGACGAUGAAGCAUCAACAGACUUCAAGCAGGCAGAGAACGAAGUGGAGGACGAAGCUUUGGCACCUGACAGGCCUGAACAAAAUCCGGAGGAAGAAGAUGAGGAGGAAGAACUGAAAGCACCAGAACAGGAAGUGGAGUUGGAUGUAGAAAUCAUCAGCGAGGACGAGAAGCAAGCCAUUCCAGAGUUCUUCGAGGGUCGCCCUUCCAAGACGCCUCAGAGAUACUUGAAGAUCCGCAACUACAUCCUGGACCAGUGGUUGAAGAGCAAACCCAAAUACCUGAACAAGACGUCGGUCCGACCGGGUUUGAAGAACUGCGGUGACGUCAACUGUAUCGGGAGGAUUCACACGUACCUGGAGCUCAUCGGUGCCAUCAAUUUCAACUGCGAACAAGCGGUGUACAAUCGGCCGCAGGUGGCGGAUCGGACGAAGCAGAAGGAGGGCAAAGACGUGCGGGAGGCCUACCAGCUGGCCCAGAGGCUACAAAGUAUGCGGACCAGGAAGCGUCGCGUGAGGGACACGUGGGGUAAUUGGUGUGAUGCCAAAGACUUGGAGGGACAGACAUAUGAGCAUCUAAGCGCCGAGGAGCUAGCCAUGCGCAGAGAGCGAAACAAAGCCUGCAAGGUGUCAAGACACAAAGAGUCUUUUGAUCCCUUUCAACUUAUUCCAUGUCGUUGUUUUGGAGAGGAAGUGCAGGAACCAUUCAGAGUCAUUGUGUGUGCUGAAACGUUGCUGAUUAUGGACAUGCAUGCUCACGUGUCUCGAGGCGAAGUGAUCGGUCUGCUCGGUGGAACUUUCAACGAAGUGGAAAAAGUGUUGAAGAUCUGCGUGGCCGAGCCGUGCAACAGCGUGAGCACAGGCCUCCAGUGCGAGAUGGACCCUCUGUCUCAGACGCAGGCCUGUGACAUGAUCUCCUCUCUGGGCUUCAGUGUGGUGGGCUGGUACCACUCCCACCCGUCCUUCCACCCCAACCCUUCCGUGAGGGAUAUCAACACGCAGGACCAGUUCCAGAAGUACUUUUCCCGCGGUGGCGCGCCCUUUAUCGGGAUGAUAGUGAGCCCAUAUGACCCCGCCAAUCCCUCCCAUCAUUCCCAAACUACCUGUUUAUUGGUUAAAGACAGCCAAGAGUCCCCGACACCGCAAAAGCUUCCCUACAAAUUCGACUUCCUGCCAUCACAGGACAUCCCUGACUGGGAUCAAACUUUAAGACGAGCCCUGUGGAUCGUCCACAAGUACUCACAAAAAUCAGGGAGCGUGCACAUGGAGCGAUUUUUCCGGAGGGACUCCCACCUCACAUGUCUAGAAAAGAUGCUGUCGUCGCUUGCCAGGUAUCUGGAGCCGCUUCCCGACGAGGAGGGAGAAGCUUUCCUCAAUCAGAUCCACGCCAUCUUCCUGUCUGAUUUCAUCGCCCACCAGCAGCAGGAAACUGAAAAUGAGCGCCAGGAGAGCAACUUGUUGAAUAACUCGCCCGUACACAUGAAGUCGGGUGAUGUGGAGGACGAUACGGGUGGCGAGCCAACACACUCCAAUACUGUGUUGCAUCUCGGCUCUGUGCUUUCCACUGGGCACGAUUAUUUACUCUGA